GACCCGCACUGUCGGAGUUUUUCUGUUAUAAGCUUAUGAAAGCAAAUUAAUCGAAAAGUAGUGAAAGAAGUUACGUUUGUUACUUCACCAAAUUCAGUUAGCUGUGCCGGAGAACUUAACGGAGAGGGAAAACUUCCUACAUCCUGUGUUUUUGUUUUUGCAGUAUCCGCUUCCUGUUCACAGGUAUCCGACAGAACUUGCAAGCCUCAACGGGACAGUAAUUAUGACGGCGGAUUCAAUCAACGAACCGAUACUGGUGACCGGCGGUUACGACCAUACGAUUCGUGUUUGGCAACCGUACACCAGCCAAUGUGUGCGGACAAUGCAACACGUCGACUCGCAAGUGAACUCGUUAGACAUCUCGCCGAAGCGUAACUUGCUGGCGGCAUGCGGCUAUCAGCACAUCCGUCUGUACGAUCUCGUCUCCAACUAUCCGAUCGUAAACUUCGAGGGCGUUACGAAGAACGUAACGCGUGUCGGCUUCCAGGAGGAUGGCAAGUGGAUGUUCACGGGGGGCGAGGAUGGAAAAGUGCGCAUCUGGGACAUGAGCUCGCAGAACCCAUCCUGCAAGCGCAUCUUCGACUGCCAGAGCCCGGUCAAUGCGGUCUGUCUGCUGCCGAACCAGGUGGAGCUGCUUAUGGCGCACCAGGGCGGUGGCAUCUACCUGUGGGACGUAAAGUCGGACCAGCACGACCACCUCCUGCCGGAAGUCGAAUGCUCGAUACAGGACGUUGCGGUGAGUCCGAACGGUGCGUACAUGGCAGCAAUCAACAACAAAGGCAGCUGCUUCAUCUGGAUGCUCACCAGCUGGAGUGGGCCACCGGGGCAAGAAACACAGCUGACCCGGUCGGAGGCGAAGCUCAAGAUACAGGCACACGAGAAGUACGGGCUAAGGUGCAAGUUCAGCCCCGACUCGAGCCUGCUGGUGACCUGCUCCGGUGACAGUACCGCAAAGAUCUAUUCCACCGACACGUGGACCGUACAGGCGGAGUUGCGCAUCGAUCGCUUCUGGAUCUGGGACGCUGCCUUCAACAACGAUUCCAAGUACCUGUUUACCGCCUCAUCUGAUAGUUUGGUGCGGCUGUGGCGAAUCGACACCAAGACGGUCGAGAGGGAAUACGCUGGUCACCUGAAGGCAGUCACUGCAUUGGCCUUCCAGGAUGAGCCUAUACGCAGCACUACCGAUACCACCGGUACUGGCCUGACGUCCACACACUAAUGAUAUCCUUCUUCCCUUUCUUCUGUUGUAACGCUACAAACAUCCGUCAGUCUUGGGCUGCCUUUACUGUCUGUUAAUAGGUGACUAUAUAUAAGUUGAAUGUUAGGCCGGGCUUGUUGGAAACAGCAACACACUGUGGGUAAUUAAAAUUAAUUGUCCAGUUUUAAAAUGUUUUUUUUUGUUUCACCUUGAUCCUUUAGUUGAUUAACUCAAUUUUGUUCCUCUUGUUUUACCGUACAAACACAAACAUGUACUUUAAGAUAGACAUUAAAAAAGUGUUUUGCUUAUGGCGUGCAUAGAAUUGUGUAAUAAAAUAAGCUCUAAUAAAUAAGGUUCAUAAA